AUGCUUUCUGGACAGAAUACCUUACCGGAGGGGUCGAGUGUGGUACCAAUUAUAUGCGCGUCAGAUGGCACACAUUUGACAAAUUUUAUUGGGGACAAGAAAGCCUGGCCAAUCUAUCUUACCAUCGGGAACAUCAAGUCAUCGGUCCGGAGCAAGCCCACCGGGCAUUCGUUAAUUCUCCUAGGGCUACUGCCAGUCCCACCUAAGCUCGGGAAGAACUCACUCGCUAAUUCCACUUUACGACGUCAGAGUCAAAUGGCACUGCAUCGCGCCCUUGGGGAGAUCUUUCAGAGCAUUCGGGAGUGCUCUCAGGAAGGCGAGCUAAUCGCAUACGCCGACGGGUACGAACGUCUAUGCUUUCCGGUGUUGUCGGGUUGGAUCGCUGAUCAACCUGAGCAUUCAAACUUACAAAAUAUUAGUACUAGCUCUUGUCCAAGAUGCGAGGUGGAAUUCCACAGUCUUGGGAGCACUCGCCGGAGCCCUACGCGCGAUCACGAGGAUUACCGGGAGAGGGUAAAGCUAUUCAGGGAGAACCCGGGAAACCUGGGACCGGUGGAAUACCUUGUCGCGAGAUCAGUAAAGACACUCUUCAAUGCUUUCUGGGGUAUGCCGAGGGUUAAUCCAUACGAUCUCAACAAACCGGACAUUCUGCACAAUAUCUACCUAGGGAUGUUGAAGCACAUGAUGGAGUGGGUUCAGGCUUUCUUGAAGAAGCACAAUCGAUUGGAGGAAUUUGACAAGGCUUGGGCCUCGAUUGCGCCUUACCCUGGACUGGCAGUACCGAACAAGGCAUAUCGUGCCACAACCCAAUGGCAAGGGAAGGAGAUGAGAAAUCUGGGGCGGGUCGUUCUUGGAGCACUCGCGGCUGCUUUGAGAAACCCGGGGGUGGCUGUCAGGGGCGACUUCGCAAAGGCAUUGAAAUGUGUACGAGGCUUAAUCGACUUCCACUUAAUGGCGCAGUAUGGGAGUCAUACGACGAGCACACUGAAUUAUAUGGAGAGCUAUCUCGAGGAUUUCCAUAAGCACAAGGAUAUCUUUUUAGAAUUCCGGGCGUACAAGAGGACGGUUAAGGAUGCGAGAGAUCGGACAAAAGCUGUGAAGACCUCAGGCUCCCAGAGCGCUCAGCGAGGUUUGGAGGAGAUUCGCGAGAUACGGGAAAGGUCUCACUUCAACUUCAUCAAAUUGCACGUGUUAACGCACUAUCGGGAACAUGUCGAGCGCUUUGGGAGCAUUCCCCAGUACUCCACCGACAUCAGCGAACUCGCCCAUGUACGUCAGAUAAAAGAGGCAUACGGAGCAUCCAACAAGGUCGAUGCUGCAACGCAGAUACUGGACUAUGGGGGGCGGCGGUUGGCGUUAGAGAUUCGAAUUCUGAAUCUGAAAGACAUUGUUGGAGGUCCUGAGAGCACUGACGACAUCCUUUGGAGCCAUCGAGAUAACCUGAAGGAGUUACUUGAGAUUUUUAAAAUCGAAGACCGGAAAAAAACACCAAAUGAACGAUCCAUAGUAGAAGGCCGACUGCCUCUAAGGCGUCUUUGCAACCCCUCCACGAAAUCGGAAAGACUUUUCAAUAUUGCGGAUGGACUGCAAAUAAGCCAUACCACGUUAUAUCGCCUGAUAAAGGAGUAUGCAGAGGAUGCGGGAUGCUCUCAAAGCUUUGCCGGAAGCUCUGAGAGCAUUUUAGAGCGCCGGGUGGAGAUGUUCACAUGUUUGCAGGUUCCGAUACCAAUCUUCCAAAGACCUGAGGUGUACGAGGUUCACAAUAUCAGGUGUACGGGAAACGCGGCUUUUAGGAAAGGGAAAAUAAGAAAGGAUUGGGUAUGGGUGUCGGUAGCGUCCUCAGGGGAGUGGGGAGUGUUUCGGGGACGCUUACCAGGACGUAUCGAGGCUUUGUUCAAGCUGCGGGACAGUGGGGGGCGAGCAGAUAGAUUAUGA